AUGGGUGUGGCUUGGUCUGGACAAAGAGUUGAAGAGGCAAAGUUGAAACCACUGCCAACCAGGAAUGGAGGUUGCAACAAACACAACCGCGACCACGUCAAAUUCAUUCGAUGCUCUAACUGUGGAAAAUGCUGCCCUAAGGACAAGGCUAUUAAGAGGUUUCUGGUGAGGAACAUUGUUGAACAGGCUGCAGUCAGAGAUGUGUUGGAAGCCUGUAAUAUACUCUUUCCCAAACUGUAUGUGAAGAUGCAGUAUUGUGUUUCCUGUGAUAUCCACUCCAUGCUAGGGUAUGCUCCUGCACUGAUAAGAAUAAUUGUGAGCCUCCAAAGCGAUUCAUCAGGUGCAUGGAUGAUGCACAAAGGCCCGGUCAGCCUGGUUAGUGGUCAAGCACCUCGUCCUGCUGGCAUUGGAGCACCUGUCCGAACCUAA